UGACUUGUCUGGUUUUCACUUGAGACGCAGACAGAGAAAAAGAAGGAGACUUGACGUUUGGUGACUGUUCUGUCCCACGUAUCAGCCACCAUGUCCUACACGGCCGGGUCGUACGCGGCCAAAUCGUACGCGGACAAAUCCUAUGCUGACCGCUCGUAUGCUGACAAGGCGUACGGGGACAGCGCUUACACAGGCUACGAUGAAGCAGCCAAAUCAGCAUAUGAAGAGCAGCUUGUGAAGGAAAAGAAGAAACGUAAAGAGGCGAUGCACUGUGAAGUCGUCGCUCUUGUGAUCGGAUUCGUCGGGCUGAUCGGUGUCGCGGCUGUCACCGGUCUCCCCAUGUGGAAGGUGACGGCGUUUAUCCAGGAGAACAUCAUCGUCAUGGAGAUACGCUGGGAGGGCCUGUGGAUGAACUGCUACCGCCAGGCCAACAUCCGCAUGCAGUGCAAAGUGUACGACUCGCUGCUCUUCCUGCCUGCCGAGCUCCAGGCUUCCCGAGGCCUCAUGUGCACCGCCGUGGCUUUGACGACGCUCGCCUGUAUCAUCUCGACCAUCGGGAUGAGGUGUACUCGGCUUGUGGACUCACGGCCGCGUGUCAAACACAUCGUCCUGGUGUGCGGUGGAUGUCUGUUCCUGGGAGGAUGUAUAGCCACCCUCAUUCCCGUCUCCUGGACAGCUCACGUCAUCAUCCGGGAUUUUUACAACCCCCUGCUGAUUGACGCACAGCGUAGGGAGCUUGGUGAGGCGCUCUACAUCGGCUGGGUCAGUGCAGCAAUAUGUUUCAUAGCCGGGGUUAUACUGCUGUGCCGCCACGCACCGAGAGUAGAGGAGAAAGACGACAUUAACUCUGUGUUGUACCGAGCCCAGUACACUCCAUACAAUAACUCCUAUAAUCCCGGAUAUUCCUAUCAGCCAGCCUACAACUACCAACCAGCGUACGGCUACCAACCCCCAUCUGUUACCUACGUACCAUCUGCAUAUUAAAGAACUCUGAGUCGAAAAGUAGGCCUGAAAUUUCUAUAGCAGUUAUAACUUCUUGCUUUCAAUUUAACAGUAUCCAGCUUUUGUCCUGGACUUACCAGUGUAUAUAAUGAAUGUGGAUUGUAGAUUUACUUUACAAAAGUUUGAGUCUGUUACAAAGAACCGCUUUUUUUUUUUUAAAUCAAAAUCAGAUGUUUUAACCUUGACAUUAACCUAUAUAAAUAUAUACAUAUUUUUUAAGUGAAAAUAUUUUUAGUAGUGGACUUGACUUUGCCUUAUGGACCCAACUGUAGCAAAGAGCACUCUGUGAUUGUUUUGGUCGAGAAUAUUUAACGCGAUCUGUACGAAUUAAACAAGACGCCAUCUGGGAAGACUAGUCAUGCGACAUACUGUGAACGCUGAGAACACACACACUAUAGAGAAAACAUGCUCUUGUAAGCUCUUGUCAAAGUGCUGUAAUACAUUUUAAUCUUUGAAUAAGUAUGUUUUGUUUGUUCAACCAUCUGUUGAAAAUAAAAUUAGACACAGUUACAUAAAGAA